AUGGACCAGCAUGAUUGUACGACCAGUGUGCGCAACUGCCUGCAACGAGCCUGGAAUUGGAUCCGGGGGCCAGUAAUACAGAUCAUACGUCUUGGGAUCUCAGUGGCCUUGUACAUUGCUGACCUGGUCACUGACAUAAUGUUGGCACUCCAGUAUCACAACAGUGGGGAUUAUGUCUGGUUCUGUUUGACAAUGGCAUUUGUGAUAGCUCCAACAAUAAUUGUGAAUAUUGUCUCAGCAGUAAUGUUCAGAAAUUUUAAUCACAGAGAUAACACACUGAAUGUACGUCUAGGUUUUCGAAUUCAGUACCUGACACAUUUCCUGCAGUUGGGAAUGUUCCUGCAGUAUAUUAAUCUCUUCUGUCUGUUGUGGAGGGGCCAAGGUCUUGGUGACCAUGUGGAGUUUGGAGUUUCUGAUCUUGAAAUGUUGGAAGCCAUUUUGGAGAGUAUCCCUCAACUCUGUAUACAGAUUCACAUCGCCAUUACAGAUGAACAGGUCAGUCAUAUGAGCUGGCUUAAAGUCUUCAGCAUGGUAAUAUCACUGUUAGCAGCAGUCAAAGCUGUGGUCAUGUUUUGGUACUUUGGCAACAAAAAGACACACGAAAAUAAGAGAUUUACAAAAUGUACAUGUGACAGUAAGACUCAGGUAUGGAUUAAAUCUAUACACUUCACAUUGUGGAAGGUAGUUGAAUUGUUUGUUCGUGUAGUAGCUAUAGGGAUGUGCACUUCUGGCUUUCAGCAUCAGGCUGAAUACAUUAUAUAUUUUGUCUGUUACAACUUACUACAUUGGUUGAUACUCACAAUCAUUUACACAUAUCUGGAAACUGACACUGUCUCCUUCAAUGGGAUAUUUCUUGGCUGUUUACAUAUGUUUAUGGGUUUGUUCAGCAUGACACUCUCUUUGAGAUACAGCAUCACUUUCUGGGUGAACACCAUGCUGACGUUGGCAGGCAACAUCACCAUGGUGACUUUGUGGUAUAACUUGAGGGAAGGACAGUAUGUCAAGAUCACCUUAGUGCUUAUGCUCAUCGGACUUGCUUCAUGGUCCCUCAGGCGCCAGGAUACAAACGUCUAA